AUGGCGAUCUUCGUCGCCGCGUCAAUCGCCGUUGCCUUCUCGCCCGAUGCCAACUUCCUGAUACUCGGACGUGGACUACAGGGUCUCGGCGGCGCAUUGGUGAUUCCCCAGACGCUGUCAAUCCUGACCGCCGUCUUCCCUCGCGAAGAGCGCGGCAAAGCGAUCGGUAUCUGGUCGGGCGCGCUCGGCUUCGGCAUGGCGCUCGGCCCGCUUGUGGGCGGCAUUCUCGUUGACCUGAUCGGCUGGUCGGGCGUGUUCUGGGUGCCCGCGCCGAUCGCCGCGUUGGCAAUGCUCGGCAUGUCCGUCGUCCCCGAGUCGCGCUCGAAGCAACACACCAAGCUCGACAUCCCCGGCGCGAUCACGAGCACGAUUGCGAUGAUCGCGAUCGUCUUUGCGAUCAUCGAAGGGAUUCAGAGGGGCUGGUCCGACCCCGUCAUCCUGAUAGCGUUCGCCGUCACUGCAAUUUCGACGGUGAUGUUCAUCAUCAUUGAGCGCCGCACCGACCAGCCGCUGCUGCCAAUGGCGUUCUUCAAGCAGCGCGAUUUCACCGGCUCGAUGGUCGGCAUGUUCUUCAUCAUGUUUGCCCUGAUGGGCGUGAUGUUCUACAUGCCCCAGUUCUUCCAGCUGGCGCAAGGGUUAUCAGCCUCCGAGAGCGGCGCACGGAUGAUGCCGCUGGCGAUAGCGAUGAUGAUCUUCGCACCGAUCAUGGCGAAGCUGUUACCCAAGGUCGGCCCGCGAUUCAUGCUGUUCUGGGCCCCGGCCGUCCAUGGCGGCGGCGCGCUGUUGAUCCUCAGUUUGAUCCUCGAUAUUGAUACGCCGUACUGGAUGAUCGGCCUCGCACUGGCCUUCCUCGGUCUGGGCGGUGCGAUGCAUAUGACUUCGACGACCGAUACCUCAAUGGCGGCCGUGCCGGUCGACCUGGCCGGCAAGGCGUCGGCCAUCAACAACGCCGGCCGACAGCUCGGCGGUACGCUGGCGAUUGCGAUCCUGGGAUCGUUCGCGGCGGCCGUCUACUCCUCGGGUGUGACCACCGGGUUGGCGCCGCUGGGCGUGGCCGAAGGCGCGAUCGAGACCAUUGCCUCGGGCAUCGGCGCAGCGCAACAGGUCUUGCCGACGCUCGAUCCUCAGAUCAUUCCUCAAGCUGAGCUCCUGAUGCGGGAGUCGUUCGUCAACGCGAUUACCGACACGAUGCGUUUCGGGAUCGUGUUUGCGUUGAUCGCGGGCAUCGUCGGCUGGAUCCUGGUGCCAAAACGUCAGCGUCAAACGCAGAUGACAUGGGAAGGCGGGAAGCCGGUUGAGCCCGUCGGCCGCGCCCACAGCAGUCGUUGCGAUUUCGACCAACGGCGCAUCCGCCAACGGCGCGUCGGCGAACGGCGUCCGCAAAGUUGCACCGCUGGCCAAGGCGAUGGCGCUACAGCGUCCGCAGAAAUCGGGGCUUCCGUAGGCAACAUGAUUCGACUGAGCCUGGCGGUCGGCUGCGUGGUCGCAGUCGUCGUUGCAGUCAUCCUCUCGACGCCCGGACCCGGCUAUUUCUGCGGGUCGACCUACGGCGACGGCGCGCGUUGCCUGUCCGCAGGCGAUGAGCUGUUGUUUCAAUCAACCACGCUUGGACUGGAUGCCGGUGCGGCCUCAGAGAGUCGUAUCGCAGAGAUCGCAGGGCGAGAACGCGCCCUGUUCGGCGGUGGAUUGAGUCUCACUUUGGGUCAGAGCGGGCUUUGGGGACAAUCCUUGUUGUACUGCCGGAGCGAUGUCUGCGAGAUCAAGCCGCUGGAAGAUAGCCCCGGAACGUUCGUCUUGGAGCGAGGCCGGCUGAUCUACUGGCGCUCGCUGCCUACAGAUACAGAGAUGAGACGAACUCAGCGUCAUGAUCAACGACGGCUCGAUACUCAAGCCGCUCGAACUGGUGGAUACGACUGCUCAGCGGACUGGGGCGCAGGAUUCGUCUGCUUCGACGAGGGUGAAGUCAUCGUUGACGUCAGGGUCAGCAUUGCCGGUGGUGAAGCGAUAACUCCAGCAGGCUCCGGCGCCCAGUUCAGCGAGGCAAGAGAUCGGUUGGAGUUCACAUUCGGAUCCCGAGCGGCGAUCUACGAGAUCCAGCUCUGGAUGAACUGCGUGACGCAGCGUUGCGUCCUGGGUGUCAGUGAGUCAGAGGGGAACGCCGGUGAGGUCCUCGAAGGCUCUUUCGCCGUUCGGCGCGACACCCCGCGCUGA